CUCAACGGGAAUGUCUUCCAACAAGUCCUAAAUAUCUAUUCUGUUUCUUUCCGAAGCCUCUCUCAAUAACACAACAUGAAUUACGAUUCAGAUGUCGCGAUUCUGAAAUCGCCCGGUUCACGCGUGGAGACCUCCCGGCAGCGUUUUGUAGACUACACCUUAUAAUUGUGAACAGCCUGUUGCUCUACAUGGAUCUCCACAAAGUCAACUCUCAAAUUGCUCUAGUUGGCUCUCAAUUGACAAAACCCGAGGAGUCUCAACCAUCACGACAUUCCACCUCAUCUCCAGACUUCGGAAUCGAAGGGCCUCGGAGAACAUCACCAACCAACUUUAACACCCUCACAGAAGGAGACGGAAAUCCAGCUCCUAGCUCCUCUCGAGGAAUCGAAAGCAGACAUAAUUCUGUACUUCCUCCGCUACCUGCUGCUCGAGGGAAUGGCGAUGCUGCUCGGCGCUCCGAAAUACCUCGUACACUCGAAACACUGCCAGCACAAUCUCCCACUCGGAGAUCCAACAUCGACUGGAUAGUUCCACUUGAACCAGAACACAAGGAGACAACGACCAAUCCUCGGGCGAAAACGGUGGGGGAACGAUUACUGCCGACCUUAGAGAAUGCGGAGGCAGAGCGCACUAACUACGCUCUGAGAGCGAAGAUGACCGGAUUUGCUCUCAAUGUAGCUAUAGGUCUUCAAGUACUGCUCGGCGCGUUAACAACAGCCAUAUCUGCCGCGACCUCCGGAAAACAGACAUCUAUCGCAGUGUCAGUUCUUGGUGGAUUAUCUACUCUGGUCGCGUCUUAUCUUGCGCGUGCUCGAGGGUCAAACGAGCCGGAGCUCUCAAUCAUACGUGUCAAGGAUCUUGAUCAGUUCAUUCGAGAAUGCAAGGCUUUCGAUAUGGAUUUUGGACACCUAACCGGGGAUGCAUACGACGAACGGUUGCAGAAGUUUCGGACUCGAUUUGAGGAGCUCCUCGGGAAUGCUAAUGGGGAAAGACGCCUGGCAAAUGUGUAAAUUAACACUAGGGGGCAUUUUCCGGUGGCCAUCCUUAAUCAAUACUGACUGGACUAGGCCGGAUUGGAAGAACUCUUCGAAUCUUUUAAUCGACCUGCAGACUAUAAGUCGAGUAUUCGUUAGGCGCCUGUAUAGAGAUCUUUUCCACCAAUCCACCAAAUGACCUCUCCCGAUGGGCUCAAAUCAGGCAGGUAUCUACAAUGAAAUUAUACCGUGCCUUCUCCGCUCGUGGGCAUUUUGAUACUUUUCUAAAGUUAUCGUUAUUUGUUAUAUCACGAACCAAGUAAGAAUAUGUUAUUUGACAAAAAAUUU